GGACGAGCAGGGAAAGCAUAUGUGAGAAAACGGAAAGAAAGAGAGGGGAAAAAAACGAAAAAUCGAACUGGAGCUGUAUCUGUAACCCCCCAUGACCUUCUACCAAUAGGACAAACACCAAAAAGGAGGAGAGAUCGGAGAGAAGUGGGCUUUUCCAUAUUUACACAUAUGCCCUUCCGGCCUCUCCAGCCGCUUCUCUUCUUCCCCUAUAUUGGCAGCCUGGCCUCCCCCAUUCGACCCUCUCUCCCCGUCCCUCUCUUUCUCUCAACCUCUGUGCCAAGUACCAACACUGGCGAUGAGCACUUGUUUUAUCCUAUAACGAGCAAGUGCCCAGAGCAGAUAUAAGGAUCGGAGCGCGAGCGCAGCCAGCAGCUGGUAGUAAAACCCUCUCUCGGGAGAGGGGAUCGAUCGUUCGAUCCGGCAAUGAGCUCGGGAGGCGGCACCAGCGCGCACGGCGGAGGGCCGAGCGGAAGCGGCAGCGGCGGCGGCGGUGGCGGGCCGUGCGGCGCGUGCAAGUUCCUGCGGCGCAAGUGCGUGAGCGGCUGCAUCUUCGCCCCCUACUUCGACUCGGAGCAAGGCGCGGCGCACUUCGCGGCGGUGCACAAGGUGUUCGGCGCCAGCAACGUGUCCAAGCUCCUCCUCCAGAUCCCGGCCCACAAGCGCCUCGACGCCGUCGUCACCAUCUGCUACGAGGCCCAGGCCCGCCUCCGCGACCCCGUCUACGGCUGCGUCGCCCACAUCUUCGCCCUCCAGCAGCAGGUGGUGAAUCUCCAGGCCGAGCUGACAUACCUGCAGACCCACCUGGCGACCCUGGAGCUGCCGUCCCCGCCGAUCCCGGCCGCCACGCCGCAGAUGCCGACGAUGGCGCCGCCGGGCCCGUUCUCCAUCUCCGACCUCCCGUCGUCGACCCUCAACAUCCCGACCACCAUCGACCUCUCCGCACUCUUCGACCCGCCGGCGCAGCUGCCGCAGUGGGCGCUACAGCAGCAGCAUCACCACCACCAACACCAGCUCCGGCAGCCCCCCUACGGCGGCGCACAGGCUCCCAGGGCUUCCUCCAGCAUGUCAGCUGCCGAGGCCUCAGGGGCUGGCGGCGGCGGCGGCGACUUGCAGUCGCUGGCGCGGGAGCUACUUGAUCGCCACGGCCGGUCCGGCGUGAUCAAGCCCGAGCAGCUGCCGCCGCCACGGCCGCCGCAUCCAAGAUGAUCAGAAGCUUCGGUUCUUCAAGCCGCGCGCCAUGGCCCGUUCAACGAUUACGGACGUGUAUUUGUGGAAGAAGGCCGGACGGGUGACAUGGCGCGCGCCAGAAGAGAGUUUGGGCCUGCUUGGGGCGCGGGAUUAACGUACUAGAGAGGGGUUUUGGGAUCGGUGAUAUGGUGAGCAGCGAUCAAUUAUAAUCGAGUAGGUAAAGGAUGCAGCUAGCAUUGGCCGGUUUUCGCGUAUCCACCUUGUUGUUAACCAAGGGUGCAAGGGCGCCCACUUGCUCGAUUAUUAUACCACAAUUAACUUGGCUUUCCUCCAACGGAGGACGGUGGAGACUGGAGAGGAGAUCGUUUCGUUCGGGUGUCGCGUAGCGCCAGUAGUGGUACGAGCAGGGUACUACUUCCAGUAGCAGUUUGACAUGUAGCAGUGUUUUCUUUUGUCACCGGACGUCGUUCCAUUGAUUGCAAGAUUUUUAAGAAGCUUCCAUUCCUGGCUUA